AUACUUUUUAUUAUUUAAGACCAAUAAAGUGAACUUUUCUGGAGGUUCUUGUUGAGAUCAUGAACGGUUUGAUGUGGAUGUUUAUCGCUUCCGUCUCUGUGUUUAUCUUUCUUCCGCCUCGGGUCUGUGACGUCACCGUACGCGUGCUGCCACCGACCAAUCAGACUCCGGCGCGCACGGCCCCUCCUCUCCUUCCUCGCUGCUCGUCAACGUCGCGGAGCGCUAGUGGCUGAGAGAAGGGCCGGAGGGCGUGGCUCAGAUGUAAAGCGACCAAUCCUGCGCAAGAUGCAAAUCGGGUUUGAAGUGUCGCGCGGGAGAUCUGAGUUUCGCGCGCCCGAGUCCCCGCCAGCUUCCUGGCGCCAUUCUCCCUCCGUCCAGCGCGCGGCGCAGCGGCCCCCGAGCUCGGCGCUAACUUCUUAAAUCCGAGCCAUCUGCGCGUUUAUCGGUCUAAUAUCACCCGGAGCGCGGCCAGGGCGGCAGGGCACGGGCUCAUCGUUCAUGCCAGGGCAGUAUUUCCUGCAUUAAAGCAGCGCAUCGGGGUGAAAAACUCGGUCGGAAGAGAGAAAGAGAAGCGCCACACACACACACACACACACAGAGGAGGCGCGUUGGAGACGAUGAGAAGAGCGAUCUCAGCCGCGGCCCCGGACAGUCUGAUCAUUACCGGGGUCGGUGCGAACACACACACCACCACCUACAUCCACAUCAUCACCCCGCCGCCGCUGCCCGCACCGCCGCCGCGCCUCACACACACUCCCGCCGCCGCCGUGUGUGUGUCCGAGUCUCCGGCCGCGAGCCUCUACACCACCCCCACCGGCACCGGACAGAGCGGACAGAGACCUGCGCUGGGACGGCCUCCGGCGAAGAGGCGCUUGGCUCUCGAUGACUCGGAUCACGUCUACACAAGUGAAGUAGCGAAAACCCCCAAGACCCAGAAUGGAGGCCCGCUGGCUGUGCUGAAGGGCAACAAAACUCCCAAGUCUCCGUCAGAGAAGACUCGCUACGACACGUCCCUGGGCCUCCUGACGAAGAAGUUCGUGCAGCUGUUGGGCCAGUCAUCAGACGGCGUGGUGGAUCUCAACCAGGCGGCCGAGGCACUCAACGUCCAGAAGCGACGUCUCUAUGACAUCACCAACGUCCUGGAGGGGGUGCACCUCAUCAAGAAAAAGUCCAAAAACAACAUACAGUGGAUGGGCUGUAACCUUUCGGAGGUUGGUGGAGUCCUGAACCAUAAACAGACUUUAAGCAGCGAAGUGGCUCAGCUGGUGCAGGAGGAACGCAAACUCGAUGAGCUGAUCCAAAGAUGCACGCAAGACGUCAAGCAGAUGACGGAGUCAACGCAGAGUCAGAAAUUUGCUUAUGUAACGUAUCAAGACCUCAGACGGGACCAGAGUCUGAAAGAUCAGACGGUUAUUGUCGUCAGAGCUCCGUCUGAGACCAAGUUAGAGGUGCCCGAUCCACAAGAGGGCUUGCAGGUUCACCUCACCAGUACAAAAGGGCCAAUAGAUGUCUUUUUGUGUCCUGAUGAGAACACCCCCGACAGUCCAGUGAAGAAUCAGACUGCGAGUUCGAAUGAAAACUCGUCUUCUUUUGUGAAAGUUUUAGAAGAUGGCAACUCCAGUCGUUCAGGCCCAGCAGUGACGGUUACCAACCUGUCGCCUAUUACAUCCACCUACACCAGCUUGCUGCAACAAACUGAGGAUCAGAACCCAUACUCCGAAUCGCCCUUCAUCAGCCUGGGCUCGCCACCGCUUAGUGAUGACUACCUCAUGAGCCUGGGAGAAGGAGAGGGCAUUUCUGAUCUCUUCGAUGACCUUGACCGACUCCCCAAUCUGGAUGAUCUUCUAUGCAACUAAAUCGGACCUCUUGGACCGACGGAAGCGUGCGGAUUUGAUUCAGUAUAUGUCCUUGAUUCUGGAGUCUGGUAAGGUGCAUCCUGAAUUAAGAGACACUUGGUCUACACAAUGGUCUACUCACUUCCAGCCUAAAGGUUCCUUGAAGAACCCAGGUGUUACUUGAGUUAACAUUUUCCAUUCAAUCAAGAAAGUAAAGAUUAUAUUGAGGACCACUGCUUCAGUGAUGCACCUAAUGCAGGGUGGAUCUCGAAGCUUGUCCUCUAUAACUGCCUCAGGAUUCUCCAUCAUGGAUCUCAAUCCUGGAUGAAGAGAAAAGGGGAACCCAUCAUUGUUCCUACACCACUUGGAGAUAAAGCUUUCGGUUUUCCCAUCGAACUGGGACUUUUUAUACCCUGUUUUGCAACUUUGUGCUCUUGCUAACCAAGAUCUUCCAACUUGGAGAAGCCUUGAAUUGGAAGUUGGAGAACAUCUCUUUACUUCCUUGUCUCUCCUUCAGCAUGUAGGUCCUCCUUUCCAAAAUUUAACGAAUAACAUUUGACUUUGGAUAGUUCCUGGAUUGUUUUUUUUUUUAUCUCCUCAGUAUUGAUUGAGGACGUAUCAUUUAAUUUUCAUUGAUUGAGGACGUUGACUUCUGCAUUUCAUCAUACCUGAAGGUGAACAUGACCUCCCGGUAAAGACCCAGGUGAAUGGGUCCAUGGAAUAAAUCAGGUUCUGUGUAGAACUACACAGCAACGCCUACAUCACGUUCUGCUGUCUGUUUCGUUCCCAUGGCGAUGGGAUAUGAGCAGACAUGAUUCAUGAGCUGCUCUUUAUUGCAUCAGUGCUGCUGCAGGUUCCUUACACUCCCUCGUGUGAGGAAUCACUUCAUUGUUCGCAUCAACGCGUAACGAUGAAGUAUAAAUUUGUCCAAUUUAGCCUUGAUCCAAAGGUCUUCAGAGACCAAAGGGUAAAUUUGUGAUGCCACUGAAAGGGUCUCCGACUGAUUUGGAGUUCAGAUGGAUUUGAGGAUAAACAUCUGUCCCAGUGGUGGGUUUUAUUUCAGUUUUGGAAGUGCACUUUAGAACUCUUUAGCAUGGAUGUAUGUUUACCAAGCGGUCAUCCUAGCAGAAAUGAUUUUUAGACGUUUUUAUGAAUUGAAUUUGUUGCUUUGGGGAAUUAGUUUUUUUACAAGAACUGACCGAUAUUCGCAUGUUUUUACAUGAAGGCCCGGUGUCCUUGAAUUAGAAGCCUUUUGUUAUGUACAAGUAGUACGGUACAUAAAAAAAUUUAAGAAAAACUUCACAUUUGGACUUCUCUAUGUCCCCUCCUAAUUAUCAGACAGCAUUUGGUGUCUGAUCUUCAGGUUACGAAAUCUCUAGGAGAACCAGGAUGACGUCUCCACUGAAACACACCUACCCAAAUUCUAAACUCUAACAGAUUAUAUUGAAAGUUUUAAAACUCCCAAAUAAAAGUUGUUAGCUGAAUUAACUAAAUUAAAUUUUUUCCUUUCUAUUUUUUGAGAAGUAGUGUUUGAAACGUUCUCGCCUGUACUGAGUGGUCUGAAACUUUGCCUUUGUGUUAAGGGGAAACUCUGUUGUGUGACCUAUUGAUUCUUUUAAGUAUGUUCUUGAUAAGUUAAUGUUUUUCCAUGUGUCGUGUACCAUGCUAGAAUAAUUCCACAAAGAUCUUAAUCAACAUAUAGUACAAUAAUAAUUCAGUUCAGCUAAUGUCAGCCAGUGGAUACAGUAUCACUGAUAUUGGGCCAAAUUCUGCUUGUUUAUUCUGAUCACUAGGUAAUAAACCUACAUUACAAACAUGUUACUUUAAGAUUUCAAUAUUUUGCAAUUAAAAAAAAAUUAUUUUCUGUACCAUUUACAGAAGUACAGUAUUUUUAUCAUUAAUUGCAAUUAAAGUGAUAUUUGCA